AUGAACUUCUGCAGCCCCUUCUCUCCACCAGGAAAUCCCCCUGUUAAGCCCAUCAUUUCCUUGUCAAACCCAUCUUCUGGGACGCCCUCGGGCAACUGGCUCACUGGACUUCCUUUGUCAUCUGGAUCCGAGCUAGUUGGUUCGACGUUCCUCUUGAGUUCUUUCUCCAGGCCUUCCUCCCCAUUGCAUAGCCCUCUCCCUCCCAGGAGCUGGGAGAGGUCGAAUUUGGCGCGUGCUACGUGCUUGAGCCUCGAAUCCUUAGGGAUCGAGGAGUACGAUGGCCUGUGAGGCUUGGUGUUGAGGGCCUUUUGCCCUAGGAAGUUGGAUCUGAGGAGGGCGCCUUGAUGGAGGGGUUGGAGGGUGAUGGAAGAAGAGGCCAUGGGUUUUUCAGAAGCCUGGUUUCAGGUUUGGGGAAAGAAUGAAAGCGGGGAAGAUGUGGCUUGAAAAAUCCUGGCCACAAAUUUGAGGCUCGUGGGAGGGAUAGUCCUAUAUUCCUAUUCUCUUGCCAUCUCAUCUCUUGUAUUUUUCUCUCCUCUGUAAGCAUCUUUUGACGUUUGUGAUUGUUACAUGUGGAUUGAUCCCUUCUCUUCUGGUAACAUUUUAGUGGCUUCUCGAAUUCGUUCGUGAAUCAUGAUGUUAUCCACUUUAUCCCUAAAGCCGUAGAUAUCUCUAGCCACAGGGGCC